GUUCCGACUGCAGCCUAGACUUCACGCUCGACCUACUGAUGUCUGUCAACCUAUCAGAUACCAAUAGAUGCUCGGAACUCCUAACAAUCGAUCCCUCGCCGACCCUGCAAAAUUGUCAUCCAAAAUAUCUGGACGUGGCGCACAUAGCUUGACCGCAUCCUUUAGCCAGACGGCGGCCCAACGGCACAUUCAGGAACGUACUUGUGGAGACGCCCUGAAACGUUCACGAUGCAUGUGGAUGUGCGCGAAUCCGCGAUCUUCGCUGGACGGAUGAAGAUUCGGGUGCUGCAUCUUGCAUAAAUGAUCUGCCUAGCCAAGCCCUCACAAAAAUCAGAGCGAUGAAGUAACCUUUCGCUCAUAGGUGUGCCGCGGAAAGAACUGCGAGGAUUGGGUCAGGGGUUUGACGACUCUUCUCUCACCGGCCGGCAUACACUCUGUGCCGUACCCUUUGGGAUGCUAUCAACUGGUACUUCGCCCAACCGGACUGGUUACUUGCUUCUAUGUGUAGAUGCACUAGAAGCCGGUAACGCAUGAUGCUCAUCACUGAAAUGUGGAUAAAAGUAUUGAAGCGGUAGCGCGCUUGUGCAGAUCGCUACCAAUAUUUGAUCUUGGAUGUCAAUGUCGAAUACCGUUCGACAGGGGAUCGGAGCACCUGCCGCCUCUUCGUGAAAUCCGACCAUAAUCGCGUGUCCACAGAACCUUACUUGAUCGCAAUAUAUUAGGAGGUGGUUACUGUCUCGCGCGGGUUCGAGAUCGCUCAAAACCUGGGCCCCCACGUUGCAAGGCAUCUUCACCUUUCUACUGUACCAUACUACCGCAGCGGUUGACAAUGUCUGCAGCAAUGGAGGCCGCGCCUUCGAUUCCCGAGGUCCUUGGCGGCAUGAUUGUAGGGCUCGGCCUUGGCCUUAUUUUAUAUGGGAUCACUCUCGCACAAUCAUACGUGUAUAUGCUAAACUGCGAGGAUGACCGGAGUUGGAUGAAAUGGACAGUUGCCACCAUCUUCGUUCUGGAAACCUUGCAUACCGUAUUUGUAUUUUGCGAACUUUAUCAGUACUCCGUCAACGCGAUUCAGCACCCAGAGUUGAUUAGUGAAAUUCAUUGGAGUGUCGGCACGAUUUUGUUCUCAUCGAAUGCAAUCGCCGCACUGGUGGAAGCUUUCUACAUUCGUCGCCAGUGGAUCCUAAGUAAGAGUUAUAUCUUGACGAUUGGCACAUCGAUUCUCUUGCUCGUGCGAAUUGGCGUCCAUAUCGCUGUUAGUAUCGAAACAUAUCUCUUCCCCACCUGGCAGAGCUUCCAUGAGAAGCGAGGUCUCAAUGCUCUCGUCCAAACGACAUUGGGAUUAGGCGCUGCUGUUGACGCCGUUCUUGCCGCUUCCAUGGUGUACUACUUGCGUCGCGAGAAAUCGACAUACACAGGAGCAAAGGGUAUCAUCACCUGGAUGAUGAUGUACGCAGUACACAGCGGGCUAAUUCUGAUGGCGGUGUCUCUUGCCGUCGUCAUUACCUUCGUGUGUCUCAAACACAGUUUGCUCUUCACCGGGUUCAUCGCGAUUGUUGGCAAGCUUUAUGCUAACUCCCUCCUUGGAACGCUGAAUGCAAGACAAGUCUUUCGAUCGAAGAAUUCUGACCCUAUUGUCAAGUUCAGUUCAAAUGCUAUUCAGUUGUCUAGCAUGCAUCAACGCAGUAUGCCCUCGCGACCCGAGCUUCGGGUUGAGAUAUCCCAAGAAACAAGUAUGAUGUCCGAUAAACAUAUGCACCGAGAUCUUAAGUCGCCACAAGUGGAUGUCUAAUUGUAGAAUGGUAUUAGUUUUAUUGGGGUAACCGUGUAUUUUUUUAGUCUCUACGUUACCAUCUCACUGCAGCCCGACUGUAGUUACAUUCUUUUGCAAAACAUUCAUUCGCCAAGCUGAGGCUGGAUGCCAUUGAGGCAUGCCAUCGGCCCGUAAACUCACAAAAGCAAGAAAGGUCUGACAGACUGUUCGGAUUUUAUACACGUCUAUCGCUCUGAAAAGAGGUUUGCUUCAGCUUCGAGCCUCUUCCUCGAAGCCUUUUCCUCUGAGCUGGUGACGGGCGUCCAUGGGGGCGCUUAUGUGAUCAGGAUGCCAUAUUUGGAAGCUCUUCAAGAUCGGCUCGCGUGGAUGGAGGAAUGAACGUGUUGGAUUUCU